GAGAAAUAGCCUGUCAAAUAGAUGAGCCCUAGACACAGCAAGCGCUCGACAGGAGAGCAUCUCCCUCACGGAGUCGGCUCUCGGUUAAUGCACGAUGGUAGGGAAGAGCGGCCCGCCUUCCCCGAUGGCUGAGUGAGUGAGGAUGCGACUCCCCAGCUCCAUAUUUGUUUCGGUGUCUCUGUUCACGGCUGAGACCACGGCAGCCCUCUACCUCAGCUCCACAUACCGCUCCGACGGCGACCAGAUCUGGCAAGGGCUCACCCUCCUCUUCACCCUAGUAACGUCGGUGCUCGUGCAGCUGACGCUCACCUUCAUUCACCGGGACCUUAGCAGGGACCGACCGCUUGUUCUGCUGCUUCACAUCCUGCAGCUCGGACCCAUCGUGAGGUGUCUGGAGGCGUUCUGUAUCUACGGCAGCGUGGGCCGGGUAGAGGAGCCGUAUGUCAGCAUCACGCGGAAGCGCCAGAUGCCCAGGGGGGGCCAGUCUGAGGAGGUGGAGAGACAGGUGGGGCAGGCAGAGGGCAAGCUGUUCACCCACCGUGCCGCCUUCGCCCGCACCUCUGUCAUCCAGGCCUUCCUGGGCUCCGCCCCCCAGCUCACCCUGCAGCUCUACAUCUGUGUCCUGCAGCAGGGGGUGUCCAUCGGCAGAGGCACCCUCAUGGUGAUCUCCCUGCUGUCCAUCGUAUAUGGUGCCCUGCGCUGCAACAUUCUGGCCAUCAAGAUCAAGUAUGACGACUAUGAGGUGGACGUGCGUCCCGCCGCCUACCUCUGCAUAUUCCUGUGGCGCAGCUUCGAGAUCGCCACGCGCGUCACCGUCCUGGUCCUCUUCAGCUCCGUACUGCAGCUCUGGAUCCUCCCUGUGGUUCUGCUCAACUUCUUCCUCUUCUUCCUCUACCCGUGGGUGCUGUUUUGGCAGAGCCACUCGCCCUUCCCGGAGAACAUCGAGAAGACGCUAACCCGGGUGGGCACCACCAUCGUCCUCUGUCUCCUCACGUUCCUCUACGCAGGCAUCAACAUGUUCUGCUGGUCGGCGGUGCAGCUGAAGCUCAACGACCCAGACCUGAUCAACAAGUCCCAGAACUGGUACCGCAUGGCCGUGUACUACAUGCUGAGGUUCGUGGAGAACGCCUCUCUGCUUCUGCUGUGGUACAUCUACAAGACAGACUUCUAUAGGUUCAUCUGUGCUCCGUUGUUAGUGCUGCAGCUGCUGGUGGCCUACGCUAUGGCCAUCUUCUUCAUGCUGGUGUUCUAUCAGUUCUGCCACCCCUGUAGGAAGCUCUUCUCCUCCAAUAUGACCCAAGGCCUGUGGGACUGCUCCGCCCUGCUCUGUUUAGUCUGCUACGCUCCUGACAGGGACGCCGUCAGGCCAAUAGAGAAGGCUGGUCUGGACCCUCUGGCACCCGACCCCACCCCCCACACGGAGACAGCCAAUGACACGUCAUAUGAUGUGGCCAAUGACACGGCAUACACCAUGCCCAAUGACACAAUGACCUAUGACAUGCCCAAUGACACGACUCAUGAAGUGUUGAGCGAGAUGAAUGGCGACGUAAGCCACAGUCUGUCCAGCAACACUUAAAGAGCUGUGAUUGGUUGUGUGUAGGGUAGGGCUGCACGAUAUUGGCAAAAACUCGAAUUGUGAUUUUUGGACCAAAUAUUGUGAUUGUGAUUUGACUUGCGAUAUAGAUACAAAACCUUUGGCUGAACUGUUGGAAUCGUUGAAAUAGAAUGACUUAUAUUAAGAAACAAAGUGGAAAGUAGCGUUGGCCUUGUUUGGAACUGUUGACUGCAUUUGACCGACAGAACAGCAUGCAAAUGUAUAGUGGGAAGCAGUCGCAAUAGUAGAGGGAGAGAGAUGACGAACCGAGGCAACUAUAAAAACGGACAAUACACACAGCUUAGUGCCGUUUCAAAAUAUUGCAUGCGAUAUGGAUCUCUUGCGAUAUGGCUUUUGCAAAUGUCAAUAUUGUGAUUUGAUGUGAAUUCUAUUAAUUCUGCAGCCCUAGUAUAGGGUCAGGAGUGUUCCUAAACUUGUGACUGAACCAGGAAGAGGCUUUCCUGUUCAGGUCAGGUGGUCUGGAAAUACUCCUGGUCCUAGUUAUGUGCCAUUCAGAGGAAGGUGGACACAGAGCAACAUUUGCUGUACUGUCUCCUUCUGUAAGUGCCAUAUGAACCCCUCUGUCCUACCUGUCAGUUUACAAUGAACUAGGGUUGCAAAAUUCUGGGAACUUUUCAAAAAUUCCCUGGUUUUCCAGGAAUUCUGGUUGGAGGUUUCCCCUAUUUCCGGUUUAUUCCCUCGUAAUUCCAGGAAUCUUCCAACCAGGAUUUCUGGAAAACCAGGGAAUUUUGGGAAAGUUACUUGAAUUUUGCAACUCUACUCUGAGCCGUAAUCUGAACUGUACACUGAACCAUACUCUGAACCAUACUGUGAACCAUACACUGAACCGUAAUCUGAACCAUACACUGAACCAUACACUUAACCAUAAUCUGAACCGUAAUCUGAACCAUAAUCUGAACAAUACACUGAACCAGACACUGAACCAUAAUCUGAACCAUACACUGAACCAUAGCCAUAAUCUGAACUGUAAUCUGAACCAUAAUCUGAACAAUACUCUGAACCCUAUGAUCUUAACCCCAUACCCAUAACCUUAUUCUAAUGUGUGUCUCUAACCAAAUCAUUUGAACGCUAUCAUUCUGUUUAACCCUUAACCCCUGUUCUGUUACCAAACCCCAAAACUGUAACCCCUUACUCCCCUAACCAAUGCUGCAAAGGCAGUAUCCCCUUGCCAUGGAGAGAGACUACAGCUUCACUGUUAGUGUAUAAUGGAAGAACAGGCAAUGUAUGAUAUCAUCCACCAGCCGGCUCUCUCUGAAUUUAGCCAGGGGAUGAGGUUAGGCAAUGUACAGUGAUGCUGACGAAGUAGUUCUUGUGAGAAUGUCCUUACGCAGUCCGUGAUGUUUAUUCUACCUAAGCCAGUAUUACCGACCAACCACAGACAAAUCAUUGGAUGUAGGGAUUCUUCAGCAACGGACUCAACUACUGACAUAGUAUCAGUGUUUCAGUGUUGAACAGACUUUCCUACAACCAGAAUGUAACUUGUCUGCAGCCUUUUCUAUGGAAGUCAAGUCCUGGCGGUAUGGACAGAACGCUACACUCAGACAGAUUAAACUGGUCCGAAGUGAGUCUGCCACAAUAGCUUUUCUAAUGAGGUUUCCUAAUUUGGUUAUGCAUUUCAUAGAACUAAAUACUUGUCUAUAUAGUCACUCACAUGAAUCAAUCAAUCAAAUGUAUUUAUAAUGCCCUUUUUACAUCAGCAGAUAUACAGAAACCCAGCCUAAAACCCCAAACAGCAAGCAAUGCAGAUGUAGAAGCACGGUGGCUAGGGAAAAACUCCCUAAAAAGGCAGGAACCUAGAAGAAACCUAGAGAGGAACCAGGCUCUGAGGGGUGGCCAGUCCUCUUCCAAUGGGCUUAUACAUUUCAUUACUACAUUACUCAUUAGAAUUGACCAAGUAUUUGGGAUUUAGUGUAUUUACAGUGUUUCACAUUGGCAUGGGGGUGUGCAUGUACUGAACUGGACCCAUCACCCACCACAUACACAUUUUAAAGCUUUGUGUGGUGUAAUGUAAAUAUUGGGUUGGGUUUACUGUUUUUUUCCUUUGUACACUCUACUCUUACGGCUGCGACCAACGCUGCUUUUAUACUUCCUUGAAAAAGAGCUUAAUCAUUGAUGUGCGUGCUGCUUCUGUGGUGUUUCUAAGUGCUUGUGACAAGGGUGACAGUGAUUUCUAAGCCAGCACUAGAGGACAUGUAAAGAGACCCAUCUCUCAUCAAACAGACAGGAAACGCAUAACUGUAUUUCAGACAGGAAACACCAAGUGUUUGUUUUACCAUUUAUUCUAAAAGAUUUCAAUACAAGCAAUACGUUAGUCUUGGCAUUAGAGGCUCUGCUCCUUCGGGGUAGCUCACUGCCAGAGCAUGCAUAA